ACGAAAGUUCCUAGAUAAUAUAAAAGGCCCAUCGCCGCCGUGUUUGAAGGAUACUAUUCUCCAAGCUGUGUUUUUAUUUUUUUAUUUUUUAUUUAAUUUCUUGAAUUCAUCGGAGAAGACGAUUCUCUAGUUCACGUUUCUUUUUAAUCUUUUUUUAGCAACGAAUUUUGGGUCUCCACUUUCGUUGACUUUUUCCCCCUGAUCGUCUAUAUACAUAUAUAUAAAUAAUCUUUAUAUACAAUUCAUUACCUCUGUACUCUUUUUUUUUUAGAGAAACCAGGAAAAAAUUGAUUCUUUUUUUUUUUUCGUUUCUCUCUCCUUUGACUACUUGUUCCAAUCGAUUCUUUGAUUUAACAUAGUCAGCAACACCUUUAUCUUUUUUCUUUCAUUGUUUGGUUUUGUUUCUGGCAUUCUUUUGCACGUCCAUUCAUCAAUUCCUAUUAUCUAUCGUUUUUGCUUUUUCACAUUUGCUACGUCUACCUGAUUAUAUAAUUGCAAGAUGACUACUCUUCGUGAAGUUCCCAACGUCCAAGUUGACAUUCCUACUGGCAAAAAGUACGAACAACCCGUCGGUUUGUUCAUCAACAACAAGCACGUCGAUGCCGUCAAUGGAGGUCGUGUAAAGGUUUUCUCUCCUUCUACUGAGAAACUCAUCUGCGAAGUUGUCGAUGCUGAUGAGGAAGAUGUCGAUGUGGCUGUUAAGGCUGCUCGUGCCGCUUUCCAAAGAGACGCUCCCUGGCGCAAGUUUUCCAGUGCUGAACGCGGUCGCUGUUUGACCAAGUUGGCUGACUACGUUGAGGAAAACUUGGAAUACCUCGCUUCCAUUGAAACCCUCGAUAACGGUAAGAGUAUCACUUUGGCUCGUGGUGAUGUCCAAGCUGCUGCCAACUGCUUCCGUUAUUACGGUGGUUGGGCUGAUAAGGACUAUGGUCAAACUAUUGAAACCGAUGUCAGUCGUUUUGCUUAUACCCGCCACGAACCCAUUGGUGUUUGUGGUCAAAUUAUUCCUUGGAACUUCCCCUUCCUUAUGUGUGCUUGGAAGAUUGGUCCCGCAGUUGCUUGCGGUAACACCGUUAUCUUGAAGACUGCUGAGUUGACUCCUUUGUCUGCUCUUGUCCUCACUCAAUUCGUCGAGCCCGCUGGCUUCCCUCCCGGUGUCAUCAACGUUCUUAGCGGUGAUGGUCGUCGUUGUGGUAAUGCCAUGGCUUGCCAUAUGGACAUUGACAAGAUUGCCUUCACUGGUUCCACUGGUGUCGGCCGUAUGGUCAUGCGUUCCGCUGCUGCUUCCAACUUGAAGAAGGUUACUCUUGAACUUGGUGGUAAAUCCCCCAACAUCGUUUUCGACGAUGCUGAUUUGGAAGAGGCUGCCGUCUGGGUCAACUUUGGUAUCUUUUACAACUCUGGUCAAGUUUGCUGCGCUGGUAGCCGUGUCUACGUCCAAGAGAACGUUUACGACGAAUUUGUCCGCCGUGUUGUUAACAAGGCUAAGUCUUUGAAGGUCGGUGAUCCUUUCGACGAAGAGACUUUCCAAGGUGCUCAAGUAUCUAAGCAACAAUACGAGCGUAUUAUUGGUUAUAUCGAGAGUGGUAUCCAACACGGUGCUAAGCUUGAACUUGGUGGUAAGCCCCAUGGUCACAUUGGUUACUUUGUUGAACCUACCAUUUUGUCUGGCGUCACUGAAGACAUGGCUGUCGGUAAGGAAGAAAUCUUUGGUCCCGUCUUGGCCAUCAUUAAGUUCAAGACUGUCGAAGAAGCCAUUCGUCGUGGUAACAACAGUACCUUUGGUUUGGCUGCUGGUGUCCACACCAACGACCUCCGUAACGCCGUCAAGGUUAGCAACAGCUUGGAAGCUGGUACCGUUUGGGUUAACUGCUACAACCUUUUGCAUCACCAAAUUCCUUUCGGUGGUUACAAGGAGAGUGGUAUCGGACGUGAGCUUGGUUCGUAUGGUUUGACAAACUACACUCAAACCAAGUCUGUCCACAUCAACCUUGGCAUGGAUCUUCCCAUCUAAACUUUUUUAGAAUAACAAAAAUUGAUUUUGAGGACAGUAAAGCAUGUAUUUCAUCCUCGAAACUUCCCUUUUGCUUUUUAUCCCCUAACCUUCUUUCAACUUUUGUAUGUGUGCGAGGCAUGAUCAAUAAGUUUUAUUGACUAUGAUUGCACUGCGAUGUCCCUUUUUUUAAUGAUCUUUUUAUUUUAUUCUAGUUAUAAUGGUUUAGGAACAAAGGUAAUUGAAUAAAAAUUUAUAUUCAUUUAUGAUAUACCAAAA